CAAACUUGUAAGCUGAUGACGUCGGCUCUUCGCCAGGAGGAAUGCCCCUCAACAUUGACCCCUCGUGGUUAUUAACUCCCGCUUACCUGCAGUCAGUGCUUCAAGCUGACGAGUCCCUUGUUUCAUUUCUUCAAGGCCAUGGAGAUCUACAGAAAAUUCCAGAGAAACUGGAGAAAAUGUGGAAGAUCAAUCAGUCACCCUUAUCAGUGGCAAAUUAUAACAGGGAAAAAGGGGUCAACGGGGUCGGCACAUGGGGCCUGUCAGGGCUUGGGGUAGCCGGGACGGGGCUGGAUUGGAAGCCCAAUGAUGCAUCUCAGAUUGGGUUUUUGGUGUUGUUGAUGUUUGGAACCAAAAAGCAAUCAACGGUGGGUAAAGCAGGGCAGACUUUUCCCUCUCCCUCCUCGUUGGUCAUUACUUUGAUGCAGAUACGCGCGGAUCUUUAUCCCUUAUUAGCCUGUUCCGCCAGGGCAAGAUGAAGAAAGUGCCCUGAAGGAGUCGUCACGAGGUCCAUGUUGGUAGCGGGGCUGUAGCCAGGUUGGUGAUUGACAGCAAUGGGAUGUGAUAAGAGGUGACCAACUUGGUGACCAUGGACACCCAACCGACUGUUCCAAGGCAGAGAGAAAAUAUGCAGGCUGAAGGGGAAAUGGAGUGAUAAAGACUGAUAUAGCAUCACAUGCUAUCCAGGCUGUGACUGUACGAGGGAGAGAGCGAAAGCAAUAUCAUGUCAUUUCAAGGUGAAGGGAUAUUUUGAACCCAUCGGAUCAGUCCCUCAGCAUCUGAGAUAGGCAGCCCAGGGCUGGCCUUGGUAUUAUUGGGAGAAAGUCCCUUUGAUACAGGCUCUGGUGCCUGACUUGCAUUGACGAGAGUCCCAUGUCGGGUGCAUGCAUAUGGAUGGAUUGGUGCUGCACGAUACCAGACAGACGUAGCAUCAGAUAUAGAAUCACAACAUGGAGACCCAACAGAAAGAGCAUCUGGGAGGACGAGAUACUAAAACGUGGUCACAGUCUGGGGCCUUGUAUCGCCUUUACGGCAUAGCAUCUCGA